AGCCACUGGAUCAUUAACAUUAGCAUUAGUCGAAGCUUGGCAUUUCCCAAAACAUGAUCCACUGGAGACUACUUUCCGCCCUGCUUGUGGGCCUGGCUAUAGCGCUACCGCUUCCAGUCGACGGGGAGCUCUCGGCCAGAUCGCCGGCCAGUGUCUCGAGUAACCGCUUUGGCCUACGCCUAAGUACUAAGUUGGGACUAACCCAGCCAGAUGCAAAUGUGGUGGUUUCCCCCUUGCUCGUACAGGCGGCACUCAGCCUGUUGUAUGCGGAAAGUUCCUCGGAGUACGGUAGCCAACUUCGCCAGGCUCUGGAGCUGACCCACGCCAGUCACCCGAAGCUUGCGGUGCAGGACUUCGAGACCUUAUUGUCGGACCUCAAGCAGUCGGCCGCCAUUGGCUGUCGCUUGAGGUUGCUGAGUGACCUCUACGCACAGCAGCGCUUCACCUUCAACUUCCGCGAGGAAUUCGAGACCUUGGCCGCCCGAAUGGGAGUCGGCUGCCACCGCUUGGCCUGGGAAAGUGCGUCGAACGCGGCCCAGGACAUCAACUACGCCUUCCUCAGCCGCAGCAACUUCAGCCUUGGGGAGCUCGUCAGUGCCCCCCAACUCGAGUCCUUGGCCGAGCACAACACGCCCUUUUUACACGUCUCGGGAGUCACCUUCCGAGCCCCUUGGGCUUGGGCCUUCGAUCCUACCGAGACGCAGAGCAUCAACUUCUUUGCGGGGGGAAAUCGCCCCAGGCUGGUGGAUGCCAUGUUCGGACAGCAUCGCUACAGAUACGCUGAAGUGCCCGCUCUGGACGCCCAGCUCAUUGAGGUGCCCUUCGCCACUGCAGACCUCAGAAUGCUCAUUGUAUUUCCCAAUCGGCCUGAUGGCCUGGCCCAACUGGAGAGGAAGCUGGCGCAGUCCGAUCUCCACCAGCUGAGGUCCCAGCUCGAGGAGCGCAAGGUGGCCCUCACCCUGCCCAAGCUCAAAGUGCUAGUCCACUCCGACCUGAAGCGAGUGCUCGAGGAGUUGGGACUGGCGAAACUAUUCACAUCGGAGGUCCACCUAAGCGAGGUCUUCAGCUCCAUCCUGGCCAGUUCGGCUCCACCCCUGGGAGCAGUGGUGCAGAGUGGCCUCCUGGAGCUGCAGGAGGAAGGCGGCAACGCUGACGACUCGUUCUCCUUCGGGGAUCUGUUCCGACGAGCCCUGCCCCUGGUCAUCAAUCACCCGUUCUUCUACGCCAUCGGCAAUGACAAAACCCUGCUGCUGUCCGGCCACAUCGUCGACAUCUGAGUCUUUCUAGGCAUACCUCGAUUCUCGAUUCCAAUGCUAGCUCAAGCCGGGCGGGCUAUCGCCUUAUCAGCCCCACUCAAAUCUCCGCGAAAUAAACAGAAUCACCCGUGGCCAGCCAAAGGUGACAAAUGAUUUGUAAACACA